AUGACUUUAAAUAAAUUAAAAGUAAGAGUUAUCGUAAAUUACUCGAAAUCAUCCGAACCUAAAAUAGUCGAAUUGUCUCUGACUCUGAAGGAUAAUUUACCGGCCAUUCGUGAAAUUCUUAAAAAUGAUAAUACUAUUGAGAUGAAUGAUACAUUAUUAUUUUCGAAAAAAUUUACUGAUGGAUUGGCCGAAAUAUCACGUGAAAAUGAGAAAGAUUUUACUUUGAAUGACAUUAUUGAAAAGUCGAACGACGUUAAAACUUCAUACACCUUACGUUUAAUAGAAACCUCAACAUAUUGGAAGUUCUUAAAUGAUUUACAUAAAUUAGAUUUUGGAUGCACAAUGACUUCUAAUGGGAUUAAAAGAGCGAAUCAAAGAGCUUUUAUAACGGAAAAAUACCAAUUAAAUGAAAUUGACAUUACAGAAGAUGAAGAAGUGGAAUUUAAUUCAUGGGAAGAUCGGAUGAUAAAGAAAAAUCUCUUUUUUGUUCCUAAUAUGAAUGUAAAAUAUUUCGCAAAAAUAGGAAUAAAACAUGAGAAUGGAUAUUACGAUGAUAUUGAUAAAAAUACAUACAAAUAUCGAGUAUAUAAGAAAGUAUCUUUUAAAAUUCAGAAUUUAAAAGCGACAGAUGAUUUUAUUAAAAGAGUGAACGACGCCUUAAAAUUAGAAGAUCUUAAAAAUUUUUUACAAAUUACUGAAGAAUAUGGUCAGUUCAUUCCUAGCGAGGUUAUUUUGGGCAAACGUUUUCAAAUUGAUAAUGAAACUAAAGAAAAAGAGGAUUUAUUAAAUGAUUAUAGAAAGUGGGAUACCAUAGAAUUACUAGAACCAACCAGUAUUUUUGAACUUGUAGAUGAUGAUUUACGUGAAAGGUUAUAUUCAUUUUUUGGAAAAAGAAUCCUUUAUUCCAAGAUAGAAACUGAAGUUAUUGGAGAUGAUAAAAACGUAAGAACAAAAACAAUGGAAUUACCAAAAAGGAUCUCGGAAAUUAUUUCAAACAAACACGCGGACUGCUCUAUCUUUGCGACUGCGAUCGGUUUAAAAGAUCACUAUCAUUGUCAAAUUCUUACUUCUGAUAAAGAACCGAAGCUUAUAAUUCAUCGUCUCAAAGAAAAAUCUAAGGGUAAAGACAGUGAGCUCGUAAUUGGAUGGAUGGUUGUCGGUAAUGAUACAAAUUUCAAAUCCAUUUUUCCAGAUUAUAACACGAAAUCAUUUAAUAACACACAAUUUAAAGUUUUGAAGAUUGAUACUAAUGAUAUUAAUGUUAUUAAUGGUGUGGUUGACUUAAAUGAUUUAAUGCCAUCAACUGAAAAGCCUUAUUAUAUAGGAAUUCCCUAUAUGGAUGAACUGGAUCCAGUGAUUGGUCAUUAUUUUUUCAACGAUCGUAAGAAAUUAUAUAUAUUUCCUUAUUCUUCAAAAGAUGAACUACGGGAAUUACCUAAGUUUAGUCUUCGUUUACUUAUGAUGACUGACCCUUCUGGGAUAUUUGAAAAAAAUGUGAAUAACUUAAAUAAUACCAUUAAUUUCGACAAUAUUGAUGAAUUUAAAAAUUUUAAGAAUAUUCCAAAAUUUAUUAGUUUAUAUUCGAAAAAAAAUGAACGUGGAUCAAUUCUAUUGAAACAACGUCCUACACAUAUUAAAGUUAAGUUUCCUAAUAAUAAACCUUCAUUUAAUAAAAAAGUUAUUAGAAAAUUAUCAGAUGAUAAUGAAAAUCUUAAAUGUUCAUUCUUUGUUCCAUUUGAAAGCGAUAAUAAAAUUCGUUCAAAUUCUAAUAAUAAUUUCAUCAAAUUACCAAAAAUUUUCCAUAACAAUAAUACUAAUGCUAAAGGCAAGCAUUAA